UGUUGAAUGUGCUUUAAAUAUAUAGUGUGGGUCUGCCCUCAUGGCACAAUACGUACCUGCCCUGGUUCAGGAUUCCCUGGCAGGUGAGGAGAGGUGGACUUGGCCCUGUUGUCAAGACACCUGUGGCUGGCUUGUGUCAAUGAUUAAUGUGGUGACUAAUGAUAGGAAAGGAAGCGAUUAUUGAUGGGGGGGGGGAAGAGAACCUGGAGGCACCUGUCCAGGAGAGAGGAAAAUGGCGCGCGCCUCAAAUUGUUCUCUCUCUGGGGGUCAGUUCCCUUUGUCAUCGGAGAUCUUUCAAGGUCGGCCUCUUCCUGGAGCAGAUGGGCUUCUUCCUGCGCCAUGGCAACAGCUCCCGCCGAACCAGCCUCUCGCUCUGGAUCCUGGGGGUCUAUCCGGUGUUCAGUCUCACUUCCCUCAUUGGUUUGUUCAUCCCUCGUGCUUCCUUCGUCUGUAACUUUGUGGCCUCCAUCUACCACUCCAUCACCCUCUGGAAAUUCCUUGCAUUGAUCAGAGAUUUCUUUGGUGGAUCAGACCGAAUGCUCCAGCAACUGGAGAGCCAGCGUGUUUCUCCAGACCCUUUCCCCUGUUGCUGCUGUUGCUGCCUUCCUGAAAUUGCUGCCAACAGAACAAACUUGCGAUGUAUGACGCUGGCUGUGUAUCAGCUCUCUGUCAUCAGGACCAUCCUCUUUUUCGUCGCGCUUAUCCUCUGGACGGAUGAGAAAUAUGACUAUGGCGAUGUGGGCUACACCAACCCCAACUCUUACAUCUACGCCAUCAUUGCCAUCUCCACAUUCCUAUCCUUCUAUGGCUACUUGCUCUUCUACAAAGCCACCAAGCCAGCGCUCAACGGCUACAACUUGCGCUCCAAAUUCGUCUGCAUCAUCUUGGUUCUCGUCCUCUGCGGCCUGCAGAGUGGGAUCCUGGAGACCAUGGGGGCAGUGGGGGCCAUCCCUUGCAGCCCGCCUCUCUCCCCAGUUACACGCUCCCAAGUGAUCUACUACUAUUCCCUGGCUGUCGAGAUGUUCUUCAUCGGCAUAUUUGCCCAUUACUCUUUCCGAAGAGCCGAGCCGCAGCUGGACACUCAGCAGGUCACCCGCCACCGAGCCUCCCAGACUGAGGGCCCCCCAUCUGGACGCUGCAGCCCGGGAGACGACGCAUCCAUGGAGGGAGCCAACCCAGGCUACCUGGGUGAGGAGUCUCUGUGUACCAUAGAGCACUCUCCGCUGGACCGGUUUGAUUUCAUUGUGGGGGGGCCUGUGGAUGGCUGGCGGGAGAGCUGGGGGCCAGGCAUCCUGAGGACAGGGCCUCCACGGGCAGAUGGCCUGAAAGCCAGCUCCUCGCUCCAAAGUACUGUCGCAGAAUCACCGCCAGCUGGAAUCCAAAUCCAUGCCCAGGUGGCCAAACUGAAUGGUGAAGGGGUCACUGUUGUGUAGCCCUCAGUCUCCAGGGAACGGUCCUCCCUUUCGUGGCAACACCUGGAUUCUGAGGAAACAAGGACAACUGACCUGAGGAAAACAGGAUGGAGGGCAGAUGACAGCAGCAACCAUGAACUCC